ACUAUUUUUUCAAUUCUUAUUUUGCAGCAGGAAGAUGUCUUAUAAGGUGAAAGUAUUGUAUCCAGGCUACUCAAGAUUGUCAAGUACCAGGCCAACCACAGACAAUGUGAUGGAGGCUAACUGCUCUUGUACUUUGAUUACUGGAAAUUUGAAUAUAAUCGUUGACACAAUGACGCCAUGGGACUCACAAAAAAUAUUGAAAGGUCUGGCCGAUAACAGUCUAACUCCAGGUGACAUAAAUUAUGUUGUCUGCACUCACGGUCAUGCAGAUCACAUUGGAAACAACAAUCUGUUCCUCGAGGCUCAACACUUUGUGGGACUCUGCCAUUAUUUCAAAGAUGAAUUCUACUCAGGGCCUCUUGAUGAAGGUAAAGAGAUGUUACUUGACGAUGGAGUGAAAAUUAUUCCUACUCCAGGCCAUACACUUUCUGAUGUAUCAGUAAUUGUUAAGAGUGAUGACAAAGUGUUUGCUAUCGUAGGUGAUUUGUUCGAGAAAGAGGAGGAUAUAGAAGAUGAAUUUUUAUGGCGAUCAGCAGGAAGUGAGGAUCCAGAAAAACAAGAAAAAUAUCGCAAAUACAUUAUUGAAACAGCAGACUUCAUCGUUCCAGGACAUGGUCCGAUGUUUCAAGUAACUCCUUCGAUGAGAGAAAAAUUUGUGUGAGAAUUAAACAUUAAUUUU